AUGCAACAGAAAAAGAGAAUAGACUGUCAUCCGAACUACAACAUCCUUAAUGCAAAACUGCACGAUGCAAUCAUAACAGGAGAGUCAGAGAGUAUCAAUAACUUACUGAAGAUUCAUCCCGUCAAUGUGCCGAUCAACGUUUGGAAAAACUGCGCCUGCAUCCCGGCGUUUCAAACACAGCAUUACAGACCGCCUAUGCUUGACCGGCAGGAAAAGUUGUGCGAUUGUCAAAUGAAUUCCAAUAAUAUUCACGCCAAGCUUCACGAGGCGAUAGUGAAAGGGGAGUCAGGGUGCAUUAGUAAUUUAUUAAAGAUUCACCCGGUGAAUGAACCAAUCAAUAUUUGGAAGAACUGCGCCUCAUUCCCGACGCUUCAAACACAGGGGCUGGCAGUGCUCCCGAUCCAUCUGGCUGCCACAUACCGGAAAGAAAGGAGUUUGGAAUGCUUGCUUCAGUCAGGGGCCAAUCCGGAAGUCAGGGAUUUAAGGGGCAGAACAGCCCUGCACCUGGUGAUCGCACACUGGCCAACCAUCGCUGCUAUUUGGACAGAGCCUCGGACCAAGUUCCAGCGUGCCAUGGCGGCCAUGCAGAGCCGGACAGAGGCAUGCCUGAGGGUGCUGUGCCAGUUCGGAGUUGACCUCAACGCUGAGGUGGCGAGUGACAGCCGGCACACCGCCCUGCAUCUCGCUGUGCGCUACGGGGCCACCCCGGCUGUGGGAAUCCUGUCCAGCUACGGCGCCGACACAAACGCCGUGGAUCGCUUUGGCAUGACCCCCCUGCACAUGGUGGCGGGGAUCCUGAACAGGGAGAUGACUGACCGGCUUGUCCACUUCGGCGCCGACGUGAACACCAGCAUCCCGCACUCCGGGGGCACCGCGCUGCACCUCGCCAUCACCACGGCCUCCACCAAGGCGGGAAAGCUCCUGGCUGUCGACUUGUGCUGCAUCCGUCAGCUGCUGGAUCGCGGCGCCAAGUCCAACACGCAAGACAAGAGCGGCAGGUCCCCCCUCCACGAGGCCUGCUGCGGGGGCAGAGAGGCGAUUGUGGACCUGCUGCUGAAAUUCGAAGCAGACGUGAACCUCCAGACUAAAGCCGGGGAGAACUGCCUUUUCCUUUUCCUUGAACGGCGCCUCAACCUCAAGAGCACAUCCCUCCUGAACAAGCUGCUCACCCUCACCUACCCGCUCAAGAUCACCAAUAACGAGGGUCUCCUGCCUAGCGGGCUGCUCUAUCCCGAAUGCCAGGAUCAGAAAGACUUCCUGCUAUACCUCACCCAGCAGCCCUUGGACCUGCAGGAUAUCUGCAGGAUUGAAGUCCGCAAGCGUUACGGGGAGAAGCACAAGGACAAGCUGAAGCAGAUCCUACCCAAAGUGGUGUUGGGGUUUGUCUACAGCUGUCGGGAUUACUCCCAACGCGUGAACGUAGCUGGCCCAGUCAGAGGGACGUUUCCAUCACUUCAUGAAGAUCUGACACACACCUUUAGCGACAUGAACUUGCUGGAAUAG